AUGGCGUCUGUAUCUUCCCGGCCGUCGCCAAACUCUUCAUCCCCCUACGACUUCGAAUCCGCCCCCGAGACCGACGAGACAUGGCAGUACAUCGACUACACGGCCUCGAGCUCUGGCCCAUCCUCCAUCGGAUUUCUGUCUGACCCUGCCAGUGGAAGCUUGGGUAGCUUUGCCAUGAUUGGAAACGUUCAUGGAAACUCGCCCUCUCCUUACAUCUCUGGGAACACUCCAUCUUCCUACGUUGCUGGCAGCACACCCUCUCCCUACAUGGCCGGCAACACACCAUCACCGUAUGUGUCAGGGAACACAUCCUCACCCUUUGUACCAGUCAACACUCCCUCACCAUACGUCUCUGGGAACGACCCCUCCCCUUCAGCAGCCUCUCCCCUCCUCCUCGGGGAGAUGGACCAGACCGCCUUCUUCUCUAGUAACCCAUCGUUCCCCUCGCAGUCCGAGAAUGGCAACUCGGACAUGUUUGCGACAGCAACCACAACAGCAGAUGGAGGCUUCGGCCCGGCGCAGGGCUUCAUGACCCCCCAGCAGUACCUCUUCCCGCAGCAGCAGCAACAGGAUGCGAGCCAGUUCUCGCCCCAGGGUUUGAAAGACAUGACCCUCAUCAACAACUUUGGCGCCAACAUGUUCUCGACCGGCUCGGGUGAGCAGGUUCAGGUACCCCAAGUCGACCUCAACAUGCCACAGCCGCUGCAGUCGGAUCCAAACGUCCCGCCGUGGAACCCUACCAACACGAGGGGCAGCGAAGGCAUCUUCAUCAUGGAUGACUUUAGCAGCUCGCCUUCCCCCAAGAGCAUUCACUCACAGAGCUCUUUCUCUAGUAACAAGGCCAGCUACGGCAGCAGCAGCGGUAAAUCAUCAACUCAGAUCCGCAAGGUCAAGACAGGCAAGGUCGAGAAGAAGAAGACUGAGCAGUCGGGCAAGUUUGUCAUUGUGACCCCCAACUCCAUCUCGGCUCACGCCGGCCGCCCGAACCCCUUUGAAUGCUUCGAGGCCAUGGCUCGCACCAGUCAGCGAGGCCGAAAGGGCCCCCUGGCGAAUGCCACCAAAGAGAACGCCCUGCAGGUUCGGAGGGUGGGAGCUUGCUUCUGCUGUCACAGCCGCAAGGUCAAGUGUGACAAGGAGAGGCCCUGCAAGAGCUGCAAGAAGCUCAUGAUCCAGGUCCCUCAGGUAGUCUGCUGGCAGUUCCAGGACUUUGUGCCCAUCCUGUUCCCAGACUUUAUCCGUGGUCAUCUGCGUAAGGAGGUCAUGACCAAGUUUACUGCUGAGAGCAUUGUCAGCUUCCAGGUCAAUGGAGUCGAGCAGGGCUGUUCUGUCGAGCUCUUCUCUGGAGGCAGGUUCCAAGCGGUCCUCGCCAUCGAGGCCAAGUUCUUCACCCCCAAGACCCCUGACAUCAUCCAGCACUGGCACAUGGUCAAUGUAGGGCCGGACCGUGUUGAGCUGCAGUCCAACGGAGCCGCAGCCAUUGCCGUCGAGCUCGAGAAGACGGCCGAGAGGGACAGCCUCAAGAAGAGGACAAAGAAGUACAUCCAGGAGCUCAUCACCGAGCCUGGCUUUGUAGACCAGGUGACGGAAUCCUUCCGCUCCACUCAACUUCCGAGAAAGCUUCUUGGAAUCAUCAAGCAAUACGCCGAUGAGACCGAGUCCCUCAUGGUCAAGCGCGCCCUGUCCAUCUACUGUAUGCACUACAUCAUGACCCGACAGCUCUGCCUCACCCGGCACACGGUUGACUCGCUGCGGUCUACUGGCAUGAUCGCCCAGAACGACGGCUUCGUGACGCCCCGCAUGCUCGCACGGCAGAUCAAGUCAGUCGUAGACGAGCUCAUGUUGCGCGAGAUGCAGCAGCUGUUUGAGCUCUUCUCCAAGUCGCUCAAGCCCAAGAUCCGGCGCGAGUGGGCUCCCUGUACCGCCGCCUUCCUGGUGCUCUGCCUCUUCAUGGAGGCGGUCGAAACGGCGGCCGACACCUUUGUCGUGGCGGGCAACGAGAUCAGCAUGAGGAACAGCGCGCGACCCGAGUACGACCGCAGCGUGGCCCUCAACACAUGCAAGGAGGUCGAGAACAUGCCCUUCAAGCAGUUCGCCUACCAGUUCCACCAGGUUUACCAGACUCAUACCAAGGAGGCCAAUGCAAAGAGCUUCAACCCGCUGUUUGACAGUAGCUUUGCCGAGCAGGGCGAGCUGGACGGGCCCGCCGUGACGUUUGCGGCUCAGCUAAGGGAGCUCUUCUUUGGCGAGGACUGGUUAGAGUUGCAGUUCCUGGCGGCCAACGAUAUCCUCCCCAACAGCGGCAGUCACCCGUUCCCUAUGAGCCCGGAGACCUUGUACACGGGUCGACUCGUGGCCAAGUUUCUCAUGUCCUUCACCGAUGACAAGGCCAUCUUUGGAGACUCUGUUUGA